UUUUUUUUUUCUUCUCUCUGUCACUCUUCCUCCUUUCCGAUUAUUCGCCCACACUGUGCCCAUGCUUCCUUCGAUUUGACGUGUAUUUCGUUGCGUCUUCUGUAAACCAUGGAAUUUGUGUAGAUGUGAUCCAAUUUUCAUGGAAGCUGAGGGAUAAAGGUUUUCGCAGAAGUCGUGUAAGAAAAUUUGUGACAAAUGGCUCCAUCCAGCAAAGCGGACAAGAAAGCGGCUGUAGAUGCAGCCGCGUGGAUGUUUAACGUUGUAACCUCUGUUGGAAUUAUAAUCGUCAAUAAGGCUCUCAUGGCUACCUAUGGCUUCAGCUUCGCCACAACCUUAACAGGUUUGCAUUUUGCGACAACCACCCUGAUGACUGUUAUUCUAAGGUGGCUUGGGUAUAUCCAAGCCUCCCAUCUCCCUCUACCAGAGCUUCUUAAAUUUGUACUAUUUGCCAAUUUUUCUAUUGUUGGAAUGAAUGUUAGCCUGAUGUGGAAUUCAGUGGGAUUUUAUCAGAUUGCCAAGUUGAGUAUGAUACCCGUCUCUUGCUUAUUGGAAGUGGUCUUGGACAAGAUUCGAUACUCCCGAGACACAAAGUUGAGCAUUGCAGUAGUUCUCUUGGGUGUUGGAGUAUGCACUGUAACUGAUGUCAGUGUCAAUACCAAAGGCUUUAUUGCUGCCAUUAUCGCUGUAUGGAGCACCUCCCUGCAGCAAUACUACGUGCAUUUUCUCCAACGGAAGUAUUCGCUUAGUUCGUUCAACCUGCUAGGACAUACUGCUCCAGCACAGGCUGCAUCGCUUCUAUUGAUAGGACCCUUUCUGGAUUACUGGUUGACAAGAACAAGGGUUGAUCAAUAUGACUACAAUUUACCCUCUACGAUUUUCAUAAUUCUUUCCUGCUCCAUAGCUGUGGGGACCAAUCUUAGCCAGUUUAUCUGCAUAGGCAGAUUCACAGCUGUGUCAUUUCAAGUUCUUGGCCACAUGAAGACAAUCCUUGUAUUGGUAAUGGGAUUCUUCUUUUUUGGGAAGGAGGGGCUUAACAUGCAGGUAGUUUUGGGAAUGGUCAUAGCUGUGAUUGGGAUGAUCUGGUAUGGAAAUGCCUCGUCGAAACCCGGUGGAAAAGAACGUCGGAGCCACUCGCUCCCGACUACUAGACAACAAAAGCAUGGAGGUGGUGGUGGUAUAUCAGAUUCUACUGAACAUGAUGGGAAGGUCUAAAGGAGUUGGCUCAUUCCAAAAAGAAAAAUUUUAUUUUAAUUUAAUUUGCGGAGUUUAGAAUGACGAUCUUUAUCUUUUUCAUAUUUAUUCAUCCUCCCACGUCUAAUUUUCAUUUUUUUUUUCCACAGUAUUCGAUUUGUGAGAGGGCAUUGUGUAAUUCAGAAUAGGGGAAAGUUUUCUUGGAAUUUUCAAUUUUUUUUCUUUUUUAAAAAAUUAUGAUCACAGAAUCACAUCCUACUAAUUUUGGCCAUAAA